CCACUGUCGGAACUUAACAGUGUGACAUCCAGCGGAAGUAAACAACACAAGCGCUAGUAGCGUUAGCUGCAGGUAUGUGUUGAAUUAGCUGGAAGACGAUAUUCGUGGCGCUGCUACUUAUUUCAUUUGUAAUUAAGUAACAAUGUCUUCAGUUGAGUGUUUGAGAGAGUUUGUCAACGAGCGACUAACUGCUGCUGCUGAAGAAAUAUUCGGAGUUUUUAAAAAAACUAUCUUCGAGUACGAGGAAGAGAUCGUUCGUCAGCGCAGACUGCUGGAUAUCUUUUGGAAACCCGAAAUAAAGUUACACAGGAUAGAGCUCCCACAGCAACAUGUCUGUACGGUGGAGGAGGUUCUGGCUGACCAGCAGCUCUGUAUUCAGGAGAGGAACUCCAGUCUGGACCAAGAGCCUCCACAGAUUAAAGAGGAACAGGAGGAACUCUGCAUCAAUCAGGAGGGAGAGCAGCUUGUACUGAAGCAGGAGACUGAUGCCUUUAUGUUGACUCCUACUGAUGAGGAAAGUGACCACAGUGAACCAGAACCAAACAGGGACCAGCAGCUCCUCUCUCACAACUCUCAUGCAGCUGAGAGCCAAGAUCACGAAGGAGGCAAUAAUGAAGUGUUAACUGGAGAUGCAGAGCCAAAACCAGAGAACAGACCUCACAAAAACAAUAGUCACACAAACAAUGGAUGCAACCCUACCAUAUUAAAAUCUCACUGUAACACUCACACAGGUAAAAAGUCUUUAAAAUGUGACACAUGUGGAAAAGAUUUUCAUUUUAAGUCAAAAUUGCAGACACACAUGAGAAACCACACGGGUGAGAAGCCGUACCUUUGCAAGACCUGCGGGAAAAGAUUUGGUUACAAGUCAGUACUGAAAAAUCAUUUAAGAAUCCACACAGGUGAGAAGCCAUAUUCGUGCAAAACAUGUGGGAAAGAUUUCAGACUUAGCAGUCACUUGAAAGAACACAUGAAAACGCACACAGGUGAGAAACCAUACCUUUGCAAGACCUGCGGGAAAAGAUUCUGUACCAUGCCAGCAUUGAAAAGGCAUAUGACAGUCCACACAGGUGAGAAGCCGUAUCUUUGCAAAACUUGCGGGAGAGCUUUCACACGUAGUAUUGCCUUGAAAGUCCAUAUGAGAGUGCACACAGGUGAGAAGCCGUAUCUUUGUAAGACCUGCGGGGAAAGAUUCUAUGCCAUGCCAGCAUUGAAAAGGCAUAUGACAAUCCACACAGGUGAGAAACCGUAUACUUGCAAAACUUGUGGGAGAGGUUUUGGACAGAGUAGUGACUUGAAAGUCCACAUGAGAAGAGUCCACACUGGUGAGAAGCCGUACCUUUGCAAGACCUGCGGGAAAAGAAUGGGUGACAUUUCAGCAUUUAAAGUUCAUAUGAGAAUCCACACAGGUGAGAAGCCGUACCUUUGCAAAACAUGUGGUAGAGCUUUCAGACAGAGUGGUGACUUAACAGUCCACAUGAGAAUCCACACAGGUGAAAGGCCGUACCUUUGCAAAACAUGUGGGAGAGCUUUCACAAGCAGAAGUGCCGUGUUGGUCCACAUGAGAAGAGACCACACUGAUGAGAAGCCGUAGCACUGCAGCAAGUGGGGGGAAGGAUACGUUGAUGUUUCUGAUAUGUCAAGGCAUAUAAGAUUGAAUACAGCCAAGGAGCAAGCAGUAUUUGCAAAACGUGGGAGACGAUUCAGUUUAAGUGGUUUGUGGUCAAAAAACACAAGAACUCAGAAGCAUGGAGACUUAGAGUCAACUAAAAAUGCAGAACAAGAACCAGAGAAGCGACAGCACACAAUCAGAAGUCACAUUAACAAUGUAUACAACUCUGACUUGUCAGACAUUCAGUGCACAGUAGUGGCUGUUACUAAUACUAAUGGUGUGAUGUGACCUAUUGUCAUGUAGAAAAGAGCAAUUGCCAAAUGUCAUAAAUGUGCAUUUUUCAAAAGACCGGCA